CGGGACUCGCGUCACCGGUGGAGGUCGGAUGUCGCCUGACCGGAUGAUAGCGAGAAGUUUUGUUUUGUGAGUUUACGAAUGAUUGAUCCUCAGAUCACAACACGGAUCUUAACGAAUGCGCCGUAAUACGUGUCAUCUGCCAGUCAGCGAGUAACUUGUGAGUUAUUAGUCUUUGACAGACUGAUCUGGAAGUGUUUGAAGGGUGGAAAUUGAACACUUGAGAGUAACCCGAGCGCCGUGCUGCCGCGAGCCCGUUCCUGCGCGCUGAGAGACGGUCAGAAACCAUGGGCAACCGGGGGAUGGAGGAUUUGAUCCCCCUGAUCAAUAAACUCCAAGAUGCUUUCAGUUCCAUUGGCCAAAGUUGUAACUUGGAUCUGCCGCAGAUAGCCGUGGUCGGAGGACAGAGCGCCGGAAAAAGCUCCGUGCUGGAAAAUUUCGUCGGCAGGGAUUUCCUUCCCCGAGGCUCAGGCAUCGUCACCCGCAGGCCUCUCAUUCUGCAGCUAGUUAACAACAAAGCUGAAUAUGCCGAGUUCUUGCACUGCAAAGGGAGGAAGUUUGUGGACUUUGAUGAAGUCCGGCAGGAAAUUGAAGCAGAAACCGACAGGAUUACAGGAUCCAAUAAGGGCAUCUCUCCUAUUCCUAUCAACCUCAGAGUGUACUCUCCACACGUAUUGAAUCUGACUCUCAUUGAUUUGCCCGGUAUGACCAAGGUUGCGGUGGGCGACCAGCCACACGACAUUGAGCACCAGAUUCGAGACAUGAUUAUGCAGUUCAUCACUAGGGAAAGCUGCCUGAUCCUCGCCGUCACCCCGGCCAACACUGACUUGGCAAACUCGGAUGCCCUCAAGGUGGCUAAAGAGGUGGACCCUCAAGGAGUGCGCACCAUUGGUGUGAUUACUAAGCUGGAUCUAAUGGAUGAGGGUACAGACGCCCGGGAUAUCCUGGAAAAUAAACUCUUACCGCUGCGUAGAGGUUAUAUUGGUGUAGUAAACAGAAGUCAGAAAGAUAUAGAUGGCAAGAAGGAUAUUCGUGUUGCGAUGGCGGCAGAAAGGAAGUUCUUCCUCUCCCAUCCCAGCUACAGACACAUGGCUGAAAAAAUGGGAACACCACAUCUGCAGAAGACCCUCAACCAGCAAUUGACCAACCACAUCCGGGACACGCUACCCGGCUUACGCAGCAAACUCCAGUCUCAGCUUCUCUCACUGGAAAAGGAGGUGGAAGAGUAUAAGAAUUUCCGCCCGGAUGACCCUACGCGAAAGACCAAGGCUCUGCUGCAGAUGGUCCAGCAGUUCGGAGUGGACUUUGAGAAGUGCAUCGAAGGCUCCGGAGACCAGGUGGACACAGCAGAGUUGUCUGGAGGUGCCCGGAUUAACCGAAUUUUCCAUGAACGCUUCCCCUUCGAGCUGGUCAAGAUUGUUUUUGAUGAGAAGGAGCUCCGGCGAGAAAUCAGUCACGCCAUUAAGAACGUCCAUGGUGUCAGAACGGGGUUGUUCACCCCUGACCUGGCCUUUGAGACUAUAGUGAAAAAGCAGAUCCGCAAACUGAAAGAGCCCAGCCUGAAAUGUGUGGACCUGGUGGUGUCCGAAGUCACCACCCUCGUCAGGAAAAGUGCCAACAAGCUAGGCUCUUACCCCAGACUGCGAGAAGAAACCGAGAGGAUCGUCACCACUUACGUCAGAGAGAGAGAAGGAAAGACCAAGGACCAGGUCCUUCUGCUGAUUGACAUUGAGCUGUCAUACAUCAACACCAACCAUGAGGACUUCAUUGGAUUUGCAAACGCCCAGCAAAGAAAUAUCGUCAACAAGAAGAGGGCCAUUCCCAACCAGCUAGGUGGCCUGAGAGAAGGCGAAGUCGAGAAGGUGAUCCGUAAAGGCUGGCUAACCCUCAACAUCAGCAUCAUGAAGGGCGGCUCAAAGGAGUACUGGUUCGUCCUGUCGGCCGAAUCGGUGUCCUGGUACAAGGACGAGGAGGAAAAAGAGAAGAAAUACAUGCUCCCUCUGGACAACCUGAAGCUCAGAGACGUGGAGAAAGGCUUCAUGUCCAAUAAGCACAUUUUUGCUAUCUUCAACACCGAGCAAAGGAACGUGUAUAAGGACUUGCGUCAGAUCGAGCUGGCCUGUGACACACAGGAGGACAUGGAUAGCUGGAAAGCCUCUUUUCUCAGAGCGGGUGUUUACCCUGAGAAGGAUCAGGUGGAGACAGAAGAUGCCGCCCCAGCCGACACCUUCUCCAUGGACCCUCAGCUGGAGAGGCAGGUGGAGACCAUCCGAAACCUGGUGGACUCCUACAUUGGUAUCGUCAACAAGACCAUCCGAGACCUCAUGCCCAAGACUAUCAUGCAUCUCAUGAUCAACAGCGCUAAAGACUUCAUCCAUUCAGAGCUGCUGGCGUACCUGUACUCCUCAGGAGAUCAGAACAGUCUGAUGGAGGAGUCUGCUGACCAGGCCCAGCGCAGAGACGAGAUGCUGCGAAUGUACCAUGCCAUCAAAGAGGCGCUCAGCAUCAUCGGAGACAUUAGCACCAGCACCGUGUCCACCCCCGUGCCUCCUCCCGUGAACGACAGCUGGGUGCCGGAGUCCAGCCCCACCCCCCAGCGCAGACCGCCUACAUCGGCCCCGCCCCCCAGCAGGCCUCCAGCAGUGAGAGGUCCAACACCAGGCCCGCCCACUCUUAACCCCAUCCCUGCCUAUGUAGCUCCGCCCAUUCCCUCUCGGCCAGGACAGCCCAUGAAUGCCUUCAGUAACAGCAGCCUGGAUCCUUUCAGUGCCCCUCCUCAGAUCCCGUCCCGCCCCGCCCGUAUCCCUCCGGGCAUCCCCAGCAGAAGACCCCCUGGCGCUCCAAACCGGCCCACCAUUAUCCGCCCCGCUGAGCCCUCCCUGCUAGACUAGACCCGUGCGCUGGGCACCAUAGUGUGCUUGGGCUGAGGGGAAGGGCUGGAGAGCUGCACUGAAACGUGCAUGCGUGUCUACACGAACACCCUGACCAAUAGACCUUAAUAAUCCACUCAAACUGUCCUCUGAUCAGCGCUGCUAAUCACAUCCCUACCUUUAAAUCCCAGAGGUCUAAAUUAAGCACAUAACUAUUCAAAAAAAAAAAAAGAUUAUUGUUGUUAUUUUGUUGAAAUAUUAUAUAGAGUGACUUAAAGGGUGUAGUGGCCUCCAACUUUCAGUCAUUUUAUCACUCACAUAGGUCAGGUGACCACCAGGGGGUAUCCUACUCAACUUUUGUAGACGAACCAACAUUAGAUGACUCAUGCCUCCUCACUGACUAGUGGAUUAAUGUGGGAUAAGAUGUAUACAAGCACUGUGCAAGCUAGUUGCUGUUAAACUAGCCUGUCGUCUUCCUGUUCUUGUGUAACUGAAGGGUGGUUGAAGACCUCUUUCUUGUUAUAGACACUUCUUCAUGUGUUUUUUGAUUUCAUUCUGUGUUUUCUUGACUCUUAACUUGAUAUCCUGAAAUAAGACACAAUGACCGUUACCAUUAUACUAUGUGGGAUUUAUUUUGACCCGAUUUCAUUCGUCUUUCAUGU